AAUCACGAGUAACACAGUUACCCGGAUAUGAGCCCAUUAGUAUAAAUAGAGCUCCAAAUUCCCUCUUUUUUUUUCCAGAUUUUGGGAGAUAUUUUUCACAUCCUGCAUACAGAGUUUUUUUUGUUUUGUUAAAAUUUUGUGUCACACAUUUCUUUCUAAAAUAAUCUUAUCUUGUUAUCAGGGGGCAAGAGAUAUAUAUUUAGAAGAAGUUGUAUAGAUCACAUUAAUAUAAUAUAAGUCCAUUCUAUAUAGAAUUUCAUCAAAGCAAGCAAGCUGAAUAAAUUAUCUGGUUCUGCUUUUCUAAAUUUAGAUUCUGGAGCGUUAAAUUUGGGGAUACAUUGAUUUGUUCAUCUCAUUCUUUUUUAUAUCAUAAUUUAAUUAUUAUCAUUAUUAUCAUCAACCUUUUGCAUAUCUAUCUACAUUCAUUAUGGAUUCUUUGAAGUUACCAACCAAUCCAGCUCAAGCCAAGGCUUUCACUGCUCCAAAUUCGUUGAUGUUCCCUCAAGGUUUUGAUGGUGAAAAUAGAUCACUUCAACCUCAACCAUCAUCAUCUCAACAAGCACAACAACCACAAACACAAGAAAUUGUGAAAAAGGAAGAAACUGCUGAUAUCGUUGAACCUCAACAAGAAGAAGAUGAUGGUGCUACUUCAGGUAUAGUUCCAACUUUACAAAAUAUUGUGGCUACCGUUAAUUUGGAUUGUCGUUUAGAUUUAAAAACGAUUGCUUUACAUGCUCGUAAUGCUGAAUAUAAUCCAAAACGUUUUGCUGCUGUCAUUAUGAGAAUCAGAGAACCUAAAACUACCGCUUUAAUCUUUGCUUCUGGUAAAAUGGUUGUUACAGGGGCUAAAUCAGAAGAUGAUUCUAAAUUAGCUUCAAGAAAAUAUGCUAGAAUUAUUCAAAAGUUGGGUUUCAAUGCCAAAUUUACUGAUUUUAAGAUUCAAAAUAUUGUGGGAUCUUGUGAUGUUAAAUUCCCUAUUAGAUUGGAAGGUUUAGCAUUUUCCCAUGGUAAUUAUUCAUCAUACGAACCCGAAUUAUUCCCAGGUUUGAUUUAUAGAAUGGUGAAACCAAAGAUUGUUUUAUUAAUUUUUGUUUCUGGUAAGAUUGUUUUAACUGGUGCUAAACAAAGAGAAGAAAUUUAUACUGCAUUUGAAUCUAUUUAUCCUGUGUUAAGUGAAUUCCGUAAAUCAUAAUCAAAUCAUUCUCAUCAUCAUCAUCAUCACCCAGAUUGUCAUUCAUUUUAUCAACUAUGUAAUAUAUUAUUUGUUUAUUAAUUUUUCUUUAUCAUUCAUAUUCAUCAUAUUCAAUUCAAAUUAAAGAAGGCUGUGUAAAGUACAGUAUAGGUUGGGAUCUUCAUUUCGAAUAUUAAAAAGAGUUUUCAUUUUUUUUUUAUUACAUUAAAGUUAUACAUAAAGAGAUUCUAUAAAUAAUCACAAACCACUCCAUUUUCAUCUAAAUUUCUUUCUUCUUCCUUCUUUAUUUGAUUCAAGAUGAAUGGGGGAUUGUUUUUGGUUUCUUUUGUUUUGUAUAAUUAUAUAUAUAAAGUUAGUUACAUUACAUAUUUGUAAAAACAAGUUAGCUUUAAUAAUGUAUAGAAUUAAUAAUACAAGAUU